AUGCAAUUCUACGCAGCUGACUUUCCACUUGAGUGGAUCAGGUGUCUAUUCUACCCGGGUCAAGAUAAGGUCGUCACUUCGUUCUGGAUCACACUGAGGGCUCGCAUACCUCGCGACACCUGGCCGACCUCCUUCACAAGGCUAGCCCUGUCUCCUUGGCCACUUGCCCAAGUCGAAGCGAUGACGGUGUAUCAGAAAAAGCUGAAGCAGGACCUAAUCAGCGACAUCUUCGCCACACCCUUCCCGUCACUCUGUACGCUCGACGUCGAGUUUGAAGCUGCUGAGCGUCUUCUCUUGUACCUUCGAGAAGAUCCUGCGUUACAUUCAGCGUCAAGCUUCCUUGGCACCAACCUCCCGCACCCUCGCUCUCGCUAUUCGCUUCGUCUUCCCAGUCUAAGGGAGCUGACGAUUAGAAUUUCGUCAGUAUCUGGGGCCCCACCCACCCGAUUGUCGUACUGGAAAUAUAUGCAAGACCUGAGUUAUGUGCUUACGCGCAGAGCCAACAUCGGAUGCCCUCUCGAUCUCCUUCGUUUCCUUGACUGUUUCACGCCGAGUCUGAGGGAUAGGGGGGAGCUUCAGGGUGCUGCUAAGCGGGUAGAGUUCUGGCCACAUCCAUCGAUGCGGCCCUCACUCUAUGACGAGAUCCUGGAGUCCCAGAUGGCCGAAUUAAACGAGGAUUAA